CCCAGUCCAAAUUUUGGAAGCAGGUCGCCACCCGCUCUGCACCAUGCAAUCCAGCUCGAACGUUCGACACAGUGGACUCAACAACGGCCACAACCACGGCCCCUCCUGCCAGGGCACUCACGCCACCAGGUCUCCAGGAGAAGAACCUUGCCCACACGGAGGGGACAUCCACAUCCAGAUGAGCUCGGCUGUUGGGGAGCCAGAGGCAGAUGCCGGCUCCAGGCAACAUUCUCGGUUGGGGACUCACGGCCACCUGCCCGGUGAAGCCAGAAGCGGUCACUCGAGCGGUUUGGAGGAACAGAGGGACAGUUCUCUCUCAGAAGUCAAAUACCUCCUCCAGUGGCUGCACAGGAGCAUCCCGUACAUCUUGAUUUUGUCCCUCAAAAUUCUCGCGCAACAUAUCAUCGGCAUUUCUCUGGGAAUAGGACUGCUCACAACUUUUAUGUAUGCAAACAAAGCCAUUGUAAAUCAGGUUUUCCUAAGAGAAAGGUGCUCCAGGCUACGGUGCAUGUGGCUGCUGCUGUUCUUGGCGGGAUCGUCUGUUCUCAUCUAUUACACCUUCUACUCUCAGUCCCUUCAUUACAGCUUGAUCCUCUUAAAUCCGGCGGUGGAUUCUUUGAACUUCUGGAAUGUGCUCUGGAUCGUAGGAAUCACAGACUUUGUUCUGAAAUUUCUCUUCAUGAGCUGCAAAUGCAUCGUUCUCCUGCUGCCUUGUUUUAUCAUGUCUCUUAAAUCCAAG